AUGGGAAAGCAGGGGGCGUGGCCACGACGGGACUUGCCCGGGCAUGUGAGCGCGGCGGCUUCCGGGCGAGACACGUGGGAGCCGCGGCGUGUGCGGCCGGGCAGCGCAGGGAUGCCUCCUGGCAAAGGGCAGAUGUCUCCGCUGCUGCCCACCCCGCAGGGCACCCAUUGCCCCACCACGGGGGGCUGCGCCCAGCCCCCAGAGGGUCCCGGCAUGCCGCAGGGUUACAGCAAGAAGAAGAGCCGCAAGCACCAGCGGUUCAUGGAGCGCCGGGCGCUGCUGGAGCAGAAGGGGCUGCUGAGCCCUCGCAGACGUCUGGGCAGCCAGGCCCCCAUGGCAGGGCUGGAGGCACGCAGCACCCUCACCAAGGCGGGCAGCACCAUGACGUCACGCUGCAGGAAGGUCCCCAAGUCCAAACAGGUUGUCUCACCAUCUCUGUCCCCAUCCGCCUCUCCGGACAGCAUAGCCAGGCAUCACUCCGUGCUGCUGUCCCAGGGAAACAGCAGCUCCAAGGGGGUGAGGAUGUCCUCCCCACUCCUGCGCCCAGGCAAGUACGUGGCCAUUGACUGUGAGAUGGUGGGCACUGGUCCUCAGGGCAGGCUGAGCGAGCUGGCGCGGUGCUCCGUGGUGAACUACGAGGGAGACGUCAUCUAUGACAAGUAUGUCCAGCCUGAGCUCCCCAUCGUGGACUACCGGACGCGCUGGAGUGGCAUCACCAAGCAGCACAUGAAGUGUGCAAUUCCUUUCAAGACUGCCCAGGCGGAGAUCCUGAAGAUCUUGAAAGACAAGAUUGUGGUAGGACACGCCAUCCACAAUGACUUCCAAGCCCUGAAGUACUUCCACCCGAAAGACAGGACCCGAGACACCAGCCGGAUCCCCGUGCUGAACCAGAGGGCAGGGCUGCCUGGCAGGGCCAACGUCUCACUCAAGAGCUUGGCCAGGCACCUGCUCCAGAAAAAGAUCCAGGUCGACUGCAAAGGACACUCAUCGGUGGAGGAUGCUCAGACAGCCAUGGAGCUGUACAGACUGGUGGAGGUGCAAUGGGAGACAGAGCUGGCCCGUAGUCUGCCCCCCCGGCCCCCCAGCCCUGUCACAGACCCCACCACAGACAGCAGCCAGUACAUGGAUGACCAGUACUGGCCCACAGACCUGAUGGCAAGUGGCCUGUGAUGGGGGACAGUGUCGCCUCUAUAUGUUUCAGGCCAUCCAAGUGCCUUCAGCCAUUAAAGGUGGAGGCAGCUGCUGACCCCCUUCCCUGUGCCCCACGGGCUCUACCCGGCACCCAGCCCCACUGCAGGCAGCAGUGCAGGGGAGUCAGAUGCCCCCAGCCCUGCUCAGGGAUGGAGAAGUGGGGGCACGUUGACACCAUCGAUCUCCCGAAAACGCUGUCUGCAGCCUCUUGCUGUCCCACAGAAAUAAGCACUGUGGCUGCGCCAUGUUCAUCCGUCGGUGCUUGGGGAUGAGCAGGGUCCUGGUGCCAGCCUGGAGGAGCCCCUGUGGGUGUGCGAUGGCUGCGGUGGUGGGCUGGGGCUGCCAGGGCACAUCCCAUCCCUUCUGGGAAGGGGAUACCCCCAUGGUGGGUGAGUGGCAAAUUUUCCUGUGGGAGGACUGAAGUGUCUUUCUGAUGCCCAAAGGCUGCAAACCUUCUGGGGUCAGUUAAACAACCAGUUUCCUCCCCACUUUCUUUGCACAGUGAAGCCUGAAAAGAAAGUCUGGGUCUAAUCAAUGUCCAGCCUGGACAAGAGCAUAGGAUGUACUUCAUAUUAAAUAGACUACUCACAUAUUUGUCCAAUUCUGAACUAAAAACUGUUCUUGCAAAA